AUGAAUAUCUUAAUUAAUGAUAAUAUUCACGAAAUUAAGAAUAUUUAUGAGCAUGAUAGUGAAAAUGACUUAAUUAAUAAGAACUAUAACAUUGUUGGUAUUAAUAAGAGAAGAAAAACGGCAUGUGAAAGGGAAGCUAUUUUUAACAGAUUAAUAUUAAAUAAUCCAAGUAUAAUUAGUAUCGAUAAGACAUUGCUACCUGGGACUUGCGUAUAUUGUAAUAUAUGCCAAGUAAGAAUAAUAUUGAAUCCGGCAUACUAUCUGAAUAAUUGGAGAACGCAUAUGAAUGGCAAAUUGCAUAAAGCAUUAUCAAAAGCAGUUGGAAGUCCACAAUUUUUGGAUGAAAUAGAUUUUUGUUUAGAAAAAGAAGAAGAUUCAUACUUUGAUUCAUUAAAUAUAUUGGGUUACGACAGUAAUAAUAUAGAUAAUUUUGUAGGUAAUAGUGGUAAUACCAAUUCAAUUAAUAAUAUUCACUAUACUCACAAUCAUCAUAAUAAUCCAAAUGAAAAUAUGAACACUGCUAAUUGUAUGGAAAAUUAUGAUUUAAUGAUAAAAAAUGCAAGAAUGUUAUCAUGUAUAAGUAAUUCAAUAAAAGACAAUAAUGAAAAUAUGAUUAACAAUGGAAGUGACAAUAAUAAUAUACAAUGUGAAAUGAAUCAUUAUGAUAAUAAAGUUAUGGAAAUAUUUGAAGAAGAAAAUGACAGUAAAAGUAAUGUUAAUGGUUUAAAUAUUGAGGAAUUAAACAACAGGAAUCUGGCAAGUAAUAAUAUUGAUACUCUGGAGAGUGAAUUUGAAAUGAAAAAUCAUGCAGAAGAAAAUAAUAGCCAGAUUCAAAAGCAAGAGUAUGUAAUACAUCCAUUAAUAACAAAUUUAGGAAUGGAAAAGAAUAAAGUAAUUCCAGAAAUCAGCUUUAUUAUGGGGGACAACUUAUAUAAUAAUGUAUUAUAUUCACAAAAUUGUGAAAUUGGUAAUAACAAUAAUGAAAAUAAUAAUAGAAUAUUAGAUAGAGAUGAGAUUUUAUCUGAUAAGGAAAAGUUAUUAAAUGAUAAUUAUUUACAAGUUUGUCAAAGUGACAUUAAUAAUAAUAGUAAUAUUAAUUACAAUGAGAAUAAUAUAAAUUUAGAUAAAGAUGAUCAUUUAAAUAGUCUGGUUAAAUAUUACAAUUCUAAUCAAAAUAACAAUUUUUAUGAUAAAAAUAGAAUAGGGAAACUACAAGAUAAUUUAUUAAUAGAACAAGUAAAUGAUAGUAAAUUUCAGAACAAUAUAGUUGAUAGUCAAAACAAUAAUAAUGAAGCCAAUAAUUCCUAUUUAAUAUUAGGAAUACCUGUAAUAUCUCCAUUAGUAAGAAUGAAUUUUGAACAAAUCGGAACAUUCUAUUGCCCAGGAAUAAAUAAAGUAAGAUAUUGGGCAAUGUGCUUCAUAGGCUCAGAAAGAUCAUCAGAGCCUGAAAGUGAUUUAAAUAAUUAUAAUGACACAAGAAGAGUGUUUUAUAAACAGUCUAUAAUAACAAAAGUAAGCCCAAAUCACGAACCAGAACACCAAGGAGUGGUUCAUCAUCCAAAUUGUUUGGAAAUCGUAUCAAAACCCAAUGAACCAUGUGAGAGAUGCAGCCUAUACAUUAACAAUAGACAAUUAGCGCGCGUCAUUAGUAAAAGAGCUACAAGACUACAAGAAAUGUGGGACAGGGUAGUAGCAGGCGAAAGCAUAAUAAAUGGCGGUAAGAUCCCACAGUCCAUUAUUUCUGCAUAUAACCACAGGAUAGACCAUUGGUCCAGAUGCAAUGAUCCUCUGGAAGCCAUUACACGAGCUCUUGCUGGUUGUAGACAAAGAGACUACACCAAUUUCUUUUGGAAAAUACGUGAGAACUUAUUAAAAAAUUCCAGAUUAAUUAGAAAUCAGAUAUAA